CCCUAAGGUUUGGAUUAAUUAACCCAAGGGGUAUAAGUGUAUAUUUACCUCUUUAAUGAAACCUAUUUUUGUGACUUUGAGCCUUGAGUACUACUUUGGGAACAUAAACUUGGUUUAGUGCUAUUCUAGUUUUUUUCUAUUAAUUAAAUCAAAUUAAGAUAUCCUAAAAAGGAAAAACAAAAAGAGGCGGCACAAAAUCCACCACUGACCACUUACAUAGACCCUAGCAGACCAAAGAAUUCUUGGGCAACACGCAACGCAUUACAGGAGUCGCACCUUCAAAACCCUAUCCUCGUCUGUGAAUCAGACAUUGCAGCAUCGUCUAACAGAGGCUCUUGAUCGGAAAGCACAAAUCAAUCCGGUGCUAUAACAGUGGCGGCAACAUGGGAAUAAGAUCAACCCUUCUCAGGUGAGAGUCAUCAUCAAAAAGCUUCGUGAUCCCGACCAAUCUCUCCAAACCCUUCAGGUUUCAUUUACUAUCCUCUCUGAACAUAUUCGUCGAUUGAUGUCAUAUGGUGAUGUUAUUAUUAGGCGUCAGAGUGGAUGCGUAAAGGAAGGAUCUGCGGUCCAACUCCAGAAGACUUUGAGAAGAUGAGAGAGGUAGGUCUCCGCAUGAAAGCUUCACCGUUCAACUCGAUGCUCUCUCUUCGUGAGAUGGAAGAGAACAACGUGGCUCCCGAUAGCCUCAUGGUGAACGAAGUCUUGAAGAUAUAUGCGGCAGAGUCAAAGGUAGAGUCUAUGGCAAGGUUUAUGAGAAUGUGGAGUGGAGAAGAAGGGAUCAAGCUAGAAAGAGAGACCAUGGCUGCAAUGGCAAAUGCUUACGCUAAAGCCGGAUCAACAAAGAAAGCGAUAGAGAUGUAUGGUGGUGUGGCAGCAGGGCCGUCCCAUAAUUUUGAGUGGCCUAAAGCAAAAAAAACUUUUUGUGGCCUCUUAUACAAAUACCAACAAUAAAUAGUAACAAGCAACCCAUACAAAA